UCUCUAUAUAAUCUUUGCCCUUCUUUCUUCCCAAACACACACAGGAAAAUCUUCCUAAGAUUCCUUCAAAUUCACAUAUAUAUGUCCUUCGCAGCUCAAAUCCAUACCUCCAAUUGCUUCUCCAGGCGCCAUCGUCUUAUUGUUCGCCCACAGACAAUAAGACAAUGCUUGAGAAAGAAUUUUUCACGGAGUAUGGAGAGGCGAACCAGUACGAGAUUCAAGAAGUAAUUGGGAAGGGAAGCUAUGGAGUGGUGGCCUCCGCCAUAGAUACUCAUACCGGAGAGAAGGUAGCUAUAAAGAAGAUGACCAAUAUCUUUGAGCAUGUCUCUGAUGCUACGCGCAUUCUGCGUGAGAUCAAGCUCCUCCGCCUCCUCAGACACCCUGAUAUUGUUGAAAUCAAGCACAUAAUGCUUCCUCCAUCGCCUAGAGAGUUCAAGGACAUUUAUGUCAUUUUUGAAUUGAUGGAAUCUGAUCUUCACCAGGUUAUUAAGUUGAAUGAUGAUCUCACUCCUGAGCAUCAUCAGUUUUUCCUGUACCAGCUUCUUCGAGCUCUGAAAUAUAUACACUCAGCGCAUGUGUUUCAUCGAGAUUUGAAGCCAAAAAAUAUUCUUGCUAAUGCAGACUGCAAGCUAAAGCUUUGUGAUUUUGGGCUUGCUCGCGUGUCCUUUACCAAUGCUCCAUCUGCCAUUUUUUGGACGGAUUAUGUGGCAACACGAUGGUACCGAGCUCCUGAACUCUGUGGUUCCUUUUCCUCAAAGUACACUCCUGCUAUUGAUACCUGGAGCAUAGGAUGUAUAUUUGCCGAGUUGCUAACAGGGAAACCCUUGUUUCCUGGAAAAAAUGUGGUGCAUCAGCUGGAUAUCAUAACUGAUGUGCUUGGCACUCCUUCAGCAGAAUCCAUUGCACGGAUUGGGAAUGAAAAAGCUAGGAAGUAUUUGAAUAGCAUGAGGAAAAAACGACCGAUUCCUUUGUCAAAGAAAAUUCCAAAUGCUGACCCGAUGGCUCUGCGACUGCUUGAGCGUUUGCUGGCAUUUGAUCCUAAAGACCGUCCUUCUGCUGAAGAGGCAUUAGCAGAUCCAUAUUUUCAUGAUCUGGCAAAUAAAGAGCAUGAACCAUCAAGACAACCUAUUUCAAAGCUUGAGUUUGAAUUUGAGAGGAGGAAGUUGACAGAAGAUGACGUAAGAGAGUUAAUCUAUAGAGAGAUUUUGGAGUACCAUCCUGAGAUGCUGAAAGAGUACCUCCGGGGAACAGAUCAUACUCACUUCGUGUAUCCAAGUGGAAUUGACCGAUUUAAGGAACAAUUUGCACAUCUUGAGGAAGGAAAUGGUAGAAGUGAAAGAAGCAGUCCUUUGCAUAGGAAGCAUGCCACCUCCUUGCCUAGGGAGCGGAUCUGCACAAUCGAUGAUGAAACUGAUAUUGUCAUAAAGCGUAGUGCAGCAUCUUUUACUCGUGCAACUAUUCAGAGUCCUCCAAAGUCAGAAACGACUGAAGAUCUGCAAUCAACUGAAGAUCUGCAAUCGGCAAACAGAAAUGCAGUAGCUAUGCAGACCAGCUCUACCAAGCCGAAGUGUGGCGCCCGUAGCCUGUUGAGGAGCGACAGUAUCUGUGCUUCAAGGUGCAUUGGCAUGGUUGGAAAUGAUCGCGAAGUACAUGCUCUCUGAUUUUUACGUGCACACCAUGGAGCGCCCCCACAAGAAGGGGACGUUUACAAUUUAAAAAUAUAUAUUUAUUCAGCUAGCAUACUGCUGAAGAUAAAAGAUAGGGUACCACUCUGCUAUUUCUCUUUUCAUGCUAGCUGCUACUGUCUUUUCGACACUUAUAUUGCUUGCAUUCUCACUGUAAAAGCUGAGAUGUGAGUGCAAGAUUCAGCUACUGGGGUGUAGAAGUGUUCCUAAUUCCCACAUAUGGUAUCCUAUGAACUAAUUAUUUGUUUCGUAGCA